UUCUAUCUAUCAGGAACAUAAGUCAUAAUUAAACAAGUUUGUUCAUCAACCAUUAUAUACCUAAGAAAAUAGAGUUCACAUCAUUUUAUUGUCUAAAAUAAGUAAUUAGUGAAUUUUAUUUUAAAUGUCUGAGCCUCAGUCAUCCUUGUUGUUGAAAAAACAGUUAGCAGAGCUAAAUAAAAACCCUGUUGAAGGAUUUUCGGCUGGCCUAAUUGAUGAUAAUGAUAUAUUUAGAUGGGAAGUACUUAUUAUUGGCCCCCCUGAUACAUUAUAUGAAGGAGGGUUUUUUAAGGCACAUUUGUACUUCCCUAAAGAAUAUCCUUUAAGACCACCCAGGAUGAAAUUUGUUACUGAAAUUUGGCAUCCGAAUAUAGAUAGAAACGGUGAUGUCUGCAUAAGUAUAUUACAUGAGCCAGGAGAUGAUAAAUGGGGAUAUGAAAAGGCAUCUGAACGUUGGUUGCCUGUGCAUACGGUUGAAACGAUACUUAUAUCCGUUAUAUCAAUGUUAGCAGAUCCAAACGAUGAGUCUCCAGCAAAUGUAGAUGCAGCAAAAGAAUGGCGAGAAUCGUAUCCUGAUUUUAAACGUAAAGUAGCUCGUUGUGUUCGCAAGAGUCAAGAAGAAUGCUCGUAGGAAAUUGAAUAAUCUAACAAAUCGAAUUAAUAUUUUUGCAUUCUCUAUCUUCCGAUUGUGGGUAACAUCUUAACUUAACUAUGUAAAAGGCGUCUUCUUAAAAAAUAAAAGAGCUACAUCUUAUACAAGUGAUAUGUAGUAGUAAACACAGAAAAUGGCAAUUCAAGUUCAAGAAAAAUAAAUAUGAGAUUGUGAAACAAAA